AUGGCCAUCUUUAAAGCUGAAGAACGCGUACUCUGCUAUCAUGGACCACUUCUGUAUGAAGCCAAGCACAUGUACCUCGUCCACUACAAAGGAUGGAAACGCACCUGGGACGAAUGGGUUCCUGAAACGCGCGUGAAGAAGUGGAAUGAGGCGAACUUGAAGUUCUCAAAGGAACUCAAAAUGGAAGCCAUUGUUGCACAGAAACGCUUGGCUGAUGAACAAAAACGUUCUUCUGGUAAUACCGGCAAGGAAGACUCUGCCGCGCACAUGGAUGGGCCACCUGCGUCUACCUCGCGUGGCCAGAAACGCGGGAGAGAGGCUGAACAGGAAAAGGAGAAUGCUCUAAAGCCCAACCUUCGCUUGGAAAUCCCUGACUUACUCAAGGCACAGCUUGUGGACGACUGGGAGUGGAUUACAAAAGACAGUCGGCUCGUGCCCUUGCCACCGACACAACCUCGCAAAGACCCACGCACUGCUGAAGCUGCCAUCUUCCAUGAAGUUAUCGAAGGUCUGCGUGCUUAUUUUGACAAAUGCCUUGGCAACAUGCUAUUGUACAAGUUUGAACGGCAACAAUACCUCGAGGUGCGUAAGAAAUACGGCGAUGCACACCCCAUGAGCCAGGUUUUUGGCGCGGAACACUUGUUACGAUUAUUUGUAUCCAUGCAGGAUUUGGUUGCAGCAACAGAGAUGGAUCCACAGGCAGUGGCAGUGCUCAGACGGCAUUUGACUGGCUUGCUCAAGUACAUGCUGAAACACCACAAGGAGUUGUUCUUGCGGGAGUACGAUGUCACAUCGCCGUACUACACACGGCUCCUCAACCACCAGUAA